GGAUGGCUCACUCAAUCUCUUCUUCACAUUCGAUUGAUUCUCCUCUGUAACCCGAUUGACAUCCAUCCACUCCUUCAUCGCCCCAACACACACACAUCGACCCUCUCACCAACACACUCACCCGUAUACUGCUGCCAUGAUAUCCAUUCUACUCAUUCUGCUGCUGUGGUGCAUAGCCGCCUAUGUCACACGUGGCUACUGGAUGCCCAAAGUCGACGAGCUGUUGGACCGGCUGCGGUACACUCGUCUGCCCUUCUUCCGCUCAGACGAGGACAGUUCCUUUCAGCAGAACAUCGAGGAGGGCUUGACCUCCUCGACUUUUGACCUGCAUCAGAACCUGCUCGACGGAGAUGACCGCCACGGAAUCGAGAAUGCGAACGAGAUUCGCAAGAUCAUGAAGAAGUACCGCUGCAACUUUGACCAGGCGCGGUUGAUUCACCAGCAGAACAAGAUGAAGGCCAAUGGAAUCGACCCUCGCACAGGAGUGCCCAUUGACCCCAAGGCUGUGUACUUUAGCUAAAUGCCAAUCCCGCAGCCAUUACGCUCGCUUUUCUUUGACUACACCUCUUUGACAGGUGCACUCAAAACACCUUUUAUCCUCGCUACUGAUGACCAUACUAAUAUUGCCACUCAUGACCAUGGCACGCUACAAUAAAGAAUUUUUUUUAUUUCUAUUUUU